AUGGACCCGUUGAGGUACAUAUUAUUCCAGCCCAUGCCUAUCGGGAAGUUGGCCAAAUGGAAGAUGCUGUUAAGUGAAUUUGACAUCGUGUACAUAGCCCAGAAACCCGUUAAAGGACAGGCUUUGGCUGACUUACUAGCUGCAAGCCCGGUAAAUGAAGAGCUCGAACCACUUCACACCCAUUUCCCGGACAAAGGGGUGUUGGCCAUAGAAAAAGGACCAACAAAAUCCUAUAUUGGUUGGAAACUGUUCUUUGACGGAGCAAUAAAUUACAAAGGUUCCGAAAUCGGAGCGGUUCUGAUAUCAGAAAAUGGGCAACACUACCCCAUGGCCAAGAAUAAAAAGAUCUUGCUAUAUGUGAACUUGGCCCAAAGAUUGUGCAAGAAAUUCAGAAAGAUCGAAUUUCGACAUACGCUGAGGGCUCAGAAUGAAUUUGCCGAUACACUGGCCACAAUAGCAUCAAUGAUCCAACAUCGUGAAAGCUGUCACAUUGACCUGCUAAGGAUAACUCUGAAAGAAGAGCAUGCCCACUGUUGCCAUGUGGAAGCUGAGCCAGAUGGCAAACUAUGGUACAAUGACAUCAAAAUGUAUCUAGAAAAACGGGAAUAUCUCGAAGGCAUUACAAAUGGACAAAAGAAGACCAUCAGAAGAAUGGCAAAUGACUUCUUCUUAAACAAGGAAAUACUGUACAAACGGAUGCGGAUUUGGAGUGCGUCGAUGUGUAUGACGGCGAAGCCUCAAACUUCUAGAAGAAGUACAUCUUUUGGAACAUAUGGAUCCCAUAUGAAUGGGUUUGUACUGCGAAGAAGAUUUUCGGAUAAUUGGAUGACCAUGGAAAAUGAUUGUUGUAAAUAUGUACAAAGGUGCCAUCAAUGCCAAAUCCAUGGUGAUCUAAUCAAGGUCCCUCCAAGUGAGCUUAAUGUUAUGAGUUCACCAUGGCCUUUUGUUGCUUGGGGCAUGGACUUUAUUGGACCCAUGAACCCGCGACUUCAAAUAGCCCUUUGGUUCAUUUUAGUUGCCAUUGACAACUUCACCAAGUGGGUGGAAGCAACAUCUCACAAAUCGGUAACAAAGGAAAGUGGUAGCUUACUUCGUGCACAACCACAUCAUAUGGCGAUUGGAAGCGAUUCGCCAAAGAAGAUCAAGACCACUGCUGGGAUCAAGCUUUCAAAAUAUAUAUCUAGCCACGAGGGUCAUAGGGUUUUGAAUGCCACCAAGGACAAAAUAUCUAGCCACAAGGGCUAG